GUAAGCGUUCCGUACGCGUUCUGUACGUAUUCUGUACACCUUGCGAUUAUUGUACGAGACAUUCUGUACUUGGUUGUUGUGCAAUAUUUUACUAAAAAGAGAGUUAUUUAAUUACAAUGGAGUUAACCAUUAAAGAAAUAUUUCAACUCUUGAAACCGAAUGUACAAUCAGUUGCGAAAUCUACCGUCUUAGAACGUGUUCUCCUUCCUUUAACUGACAUGACAGAAGAACGAGAGAAAUUAAUAAAAUUUCCACAUCUACUGAAGCAACUAAUUGCGUUGCUUCAAGAUUCCUCAACAGCAAUUGCUAAAGAUACAUCUCUGGCUUUGAUAAAUAUAAUUGCGGAUGAAGCAGGAGCUAAGACGUUUCUAUCGAUCUCAGAGUCUUCCUCAAAAUUUGGGAAAUAUAAUUACAAUCUGAUACAUGUUUCUAUUAGAUUUAUAAUGGACAAAGAAAGCAUUCUAGCAGAUCCAUGCUGCAUGAUCCUUGCAAAUAUGACCAGACCACAGCAUUUAGCCGAUAGGAUUAUGACACUUAUUAGAACAAGUUGUUAUACAUGGGAUGAUAUUAUUAAAGCAUUUUGUUCGAAACAGUAUAAUAAUGUUGGUGGAAAGCUUCAUUAUUUAAGUUCUGUUUUUUGUAAUCUUAGUCAGUCUCGGCGUAUGAGAAAGUAUCUAAUGGACAGAGACCAUAAGAUGAUCCAGAAAUUUCUUCCUUUCAUUGAUUAUCCAGACAGCUUAGUGAGACGUUCUGGAAUCGUUGGUAUUAUAAAAAAUUGUUGCUUUGACGUGGAAAAUCAUGGAUGGUUAUUAAGUCCUGAAAUAGAUAUUUUAUCAUAUCUUCUUAUACCAUUGGCUGGACCUGAAAAAUUUGAUGAUAAAGACAAUGCUAAGCUACCAAAAGGACUCCAAAACUUACCAGAGACGAAACAGAGAGAGCCAAAUGCAGAUAUUAGAGUCAUGUUACUGGAGGCUAUAACUCAACUUUGUGCAACAAGAAAGAGCAGAGAAAUAUUGAGAAAGAAAAAUACAUACAUAAUACUCAGAGAAUAUCAUAAAUGGGAAGAAAAUGAUACUGCGCUGUUCAUUUGUGAGGAUCUAGUGAAUAUUUUACUUAGAACCGAGGAGGAAAUAGGUUUAGAUAACAUAAAGAAGGUUGAAGUGCCGUCGAAAUAUAAGAAGAAAUUUAAUAAAAUGAAUUAAGACUUUACUAACAGUAAAUGAUGAAGUGCACAAUACGAAUUCAUAUUUUAUAUACACUGCACGAGAGAUGUAUUACAUAAUGUAACAAAACGACAAUAUAUUUCGAGAGAAAUGAGAUUACGCGUGAUCUCGAUUACACUGUUCCCUUAGUUCGUUUGUUAAGUUAUCUUUAGUUAAGUUAUCAGGUUCUGUGUAGCAACAUAGGAAUGAUAAAAAUACAAACGAAUAAUGAUCACAUUCAAUCAGGAAUCUCACAAACUUAUGCUAAAUUAUUGCCAAUUAAUAUACAUACAAAUAACAGUCAAAAAGAUGAAUAAAACAAUUUUUUUUUAAUCUCAGUAGAUUUACUUUUAUCUAUAAUUAUUAAAAAUACGAAAAUAAAAGGGAAGAAGUUUACAAGUGAUGAUGAUAUACUUGCAAUAUUCAUGUAUGUUAAUAGAAUAACGGUAUUGAAUAUUUUUUGCUUCUGUUCUUUCUCUUUUCAUAAUGUCUUUAGCGCGAAUAGCAACUUUAGCAUGCCCGACUCAGAACCACUUUUGCUGAGAUCAAAUCAGUCUCGCAGAAAUAUGUUACCGUUACAGGAGAGUCUGGUACAUUUUUGACAUGUUUCUGCGAACCAUGGAAAUAACAGUACCGUUAUUAAUUAAUACACGCGUUGAUAUUGAUACCUUGAUUUUUUGUGCCAAUGAGCUACGAUUAAUUAAACAGUAACUGAACGUUAAAAGUGCGACUGUUCAAGUACCAGACAAACAUUCUAAGUAUAAAAAUAGAAACCACACUGUUAUCACUAAUAUUUACGGCAUUGUAAAAAAAGAAAUAGUUCGACGUGUUUUAUGUAUUUCUGAAUGUUUUCUUUGAGAAUAAAUGUGUAUUUACAUCCUUUUACUAAA